AGAAAAAACCUAAUUCCAGAAUAGCAGAACAAGAAUCAUCUGCAAUGUCGAGCUUUAUUCCAGAAGAGAUCAUGUUUGACAUUCUAACAAGAUUACCAGCAAAAUCUCUCUCAAGAUUAAGGUGUGUAUCCAAAUCUUGGAACAAUCUUAUUAAAAACCCUCAUUUUCUCAAACUGCAACUUAAUCAUUCAUUGAAAUACGGUGAACAUGGAAUCGUAUAUAAUUGUGAAUCUUGUGAUGGAAAGAUUUGUUGUGUUGAUUACGAUUCAUCAUCUUCAAGAUUGAGUAAUUCGGUUGUUCAUAUUGAUUACCCAUUGGAUCAUAAAACGGGAAAUCGCAUUAUAGAUUCUUGUAAUGGAUUAGUUUGUUAUCUUUCAUCUCAGAAAGAAAUUAUGAUUUGGAAUCCGUUUACAAAAGAUUACAGGAAAUUAUCAACACCACCCAAACCAGAUUUGGAUCCAAGUUAUGUAUAUGACUUCUAUUCCUAUUCUAAGUAUGGGUUCGGUUAUGAUUCGAAAACAGAUGAUUAUAAGUUUGCAAGGAUGGUGAAAUGUCCGGGAAGUUCUACUGAAAUCAGUGUCUAUUCACUGAAACUAAAUUUGUGGAAGACAUAUCGAGACAUCCCUUUUCUAUUGCCUUUUAAUGGUGGCCUAGUGCUUUUUCAAGGAAUUUUUCAUUGGGUGGGAGACAGAUCAAGAAAUAUUGAGAUAUCUCGCGACUUCCCUCGGGGGUUUAAACUCCCUAAAAUCAUUGGCUGUUUGGAUACUGGUAGCGAGACAUUCAAAGAAAUUCCACUACCACAACAUUUUGCAGAGUUAUUUGGGAUAUUUGUUUGUGUUUUGGGAGGUUUCCUUUACAUAAUUGGUUUUCGGUAUGUGAACAUUGGUAGCGAGGCGUGGAUGAUGAAAGAUUAUGGUGUGCACGAGUCUUGGACAAAAAUGUUCAAUAUCCGUGAAACAAGUAGUAACCUUGUUGGAGCUGGGUGUUUGAAUCUGAAGCAUUACUUCAAGAGUGGUGUGAUUUUGGUACAGGUGGAUAACGGUCGUUGUUUAUUGUGAUCUCAAAAAUAAAAAGCUUACGAAACUUGAGAUCAGUGACCAUACAAUGUUCUACACAUGGGCUUUUUUGGGGAGUUUAGUUUCACCUAAUAAUUUGGAUACAUGUUUGGGGAUGCAGUAGGUUACAACAAGCUUAAGAAGGUUUUACAUGUAUAGGUAUUUACACUGUAAAGCGGAUGAAAGAUUAGUCUGUGUAGUUUUCGUCCAAUAGCAAACAUGCUUGCUUGAUCUUAGCUCAGUGGACGAAUGCACAUGAAUUCAACGUACCUGUAAAGUCUCGUGUCAUAACCUGUUAAGUAAACAAGGUUUGUUCUUAUGACAAGUUACAGAAGAAGAGUUUAUAUCUUUGCCUUCAAUUUCAGAUACAUGUUACAAAUUGUGGGAAGUCUGACUUUUUGAAUGCUUGAAGUAAUGUAGGAUGACCUUUAGGUAAUGAAAGUUGCGCUCUUUUGUAUAAACCAUUGAUCGCAGUUUGGCAUUGUGACAGGAAAUUUUCUUUUGCAAUACUAAAUCAUGAAUCUGAUCUGCAAGUUA